AGCAACGCGUGUGAAAUGUGUGUGUUAAGUAUUUUUAAAAUAAUUUUGAACUUUCCAAUCAAAGCAAAAGUGUUAGGAUAUUGUAUUCGUGGCUAUUGUUGCUCUAAAACACUGAUUGAUGACGCAAAUACAUUAGAAUUUAAAGAUAUUCCGGGUCCAAGGAGUUAUCCGAUCAUUGGUACUUUAUACAAGUACUUGCCAGUUGUUGGGGACUACGAUGCUGAAGCUCUGGACAAGACCUCAUGGUUGAACUGGCAUCGGUAUGGCGGCCUGGUGAGGGAGUGUCCAGGUGUGAACUUGCUUCACAUCUAUGAGCCAGAUGUGAUGGAGGCGAUGUUCCGACGCUGCGACCGGUACCCUGCGAGGAGAAGCCAUGUGGCGAUGCUACACUACCGUCUUAGUAAGCCACAAGUGUACAACACUGGUGGUCUUCUGUCUACAAAUGGCCCUGAAUGGUGGAGACUUAGAAGUGCAUUCCAAAAACAUUUUUCUGGUCCUCAAAAUGCAAAAUUACAUGUCAACACUAUGGACGAUGUAGUAACAGAAUUUAUUGAUUGGAUUAAAAAUAACAAUCUAACAGUUGUUCAUAAUUUUCUGCCGCUUUUGAAUCGGCUUAACCUCGAAGCAAUCGGAGCUAUAGCUUUCAACGAGCGCUUCAACAGCUUUUCUGCAAGUGAGAUGGACGUGACGUCACGAAGUAGUAAAAUAGUUGAUGCGGCAUUUGGUUCUAACAGUGGAAUAAUGAAAUUGGACAAAGGGAUUAUGUGGAGAUUUAUCAAAACACCUCUGUAUAACAAACUUGCGCAAUCACAGGGAUAUUUGGAGAAAGUAGCGGCAGACAUUUUGCAUAGAAAAAUAAACUUUUUUGAGGACGGACUGUCUGAUCUAAACGAUAACUCUCUGUUAUCCUCAUUUAAAAACCUUCCAAAUGUUGAUCUCAAGGACAUCACUGGAAUGAUGGUCGAUAUUUUAAUGGCUAGUAUUGACACGACUGCCUACACCAUUAGUUUUGUCCUGUACCAUUUAUGUCGGAAUCCUGAAUGCCAAGAAAACUUAUAUGAAGAACUGCUAAUGUUACUUCCUGAUAGUAAAUGUAAGAUAACCAUGGAUACACUUUCUAAGGCGACAUACCUAAAAGCCUGUGUAAAAGAGAGUUUGAGAUUAAAUCCUGUUGCAAUUGGAGUGGGGAGAGUGAUGCAAAGUGAUAUUAUUUUGAAAGGAUAUAAGAUUCCUAAAGAUACAGUGAUAGUAACCCAGAAUAUGACAGCAUCAAGACUACCAAAGUAUGUACGUGAUCCCCUAAAGUUUAAGCCCGAGCGAUGGAUACGAGACUCGGAAUAUUUUGAAAAUUUACAUCCAUUUUUAAGUCUGCCUUUUGGAUUUGGCCCACGGUCUUGCAUUGCAAAACAUUUGGCUGAACAAAAUAUAUGCAUCACAAUUAUGAGGCUGUUUCGUGCCUUCGAUAUGAAAUGGAUCGGUGGCGAACUUAAUAUUAAAACUCUUCUAAUAAACAAACCCGAUAAACCGGUGGCGCUCAAACUUUCACGACGAUUUUUGUAGAGCGAAG